AUAUGAAUUGUCAUUGUGUCGCCGUCGUCGUUCCUUCGUUGUCGUAGUCGUCGUCAUCAUAAAAAAAAUAUCGUUUCGAGAAGAGAGAAAAUUUGUUUUUUUUUUUAUAUAAAUUUUAAUUUGUCCAAUUCAAUUUGCUCUCGGACGAGCAAAUGAAAAUAAUAUUCUUGAUAAAUAUAAUAUAGAAAACAUAAAUCACCUAAAGUGCUCAAAAUAAUCUGUGAAAAAUUAUAAAAAGGAAGAAAAAAAAAAAGCUGCCACAAAAAUAUAUUAGUUGCUCUCCAUUAUCACACAAAAAUGAGUGGAAAUUAAUAUUAUUUUUCGUCGCUCGUGUCGUAUUUCCAUCGUCAUCCGUCGGAGUGAAGUCCGAGUGGAAUUUUGGAGAGUUUUUUUUUAUUUGUAUUAUUUUUUGUGUUGUGCAAGUUUUUUUCUUUUAUUAUUUUUAAUACAAAUGAAUCAAAAACAACUAAUUCCAAUUAGCUUGGAAAAUAUUCAAUUUAUUUAACAAAAAUUUUGCACAAAAAUCAUUCCAUUUUAAGGAGCGUUCUUUUCUUGAAAAAAAAGAAAAAGUUGAAAAAAAAAAAUAUAAACCACACAAACAUAAGGAGCCAAGGUCUGCGCUGCGUUGCGCUGCAGUUUGACGUGACGUCGAAGUCGUCGUCAUCAGAUUAACGUGUCGACUCAAUUCGACGCCCCAAAAUGGAUACGUUUCGAAAGUGGUUGAAUAAACCCAAGGCAGAUGACAAAUCACUUUUAGCACGAUUUUACCAUGCAGACAGAUCUCUCACAGCUAUAUCCAGCGAAUUGGAUAGUUUUGAUGGUCGAGCCGAACCAGAUCGAUGUUCGCGUCUUGUCAGUCGCUUACGCCAAGGACAGGACAAAGUUUUAUCAAUAACAAAUCAAAUAAUGGAAGAACUCCUCGGAGACGAUCGUGCUCCACGCGCCUUUCGUGCCAAAUUUCCCGAAGAAGUUCUUCAAGAAAAUUUAGCCGGCCAACUAUGGUUUGGUGCCGAAUGCCUAGCAGCUGGUUCAUCCAUAAUGAAUCGUGAACAAGAGAGUAAAGACAUGCGACCCCUCGCCCAAGCCGUCACCAAAAGUCUCGGCAAUGUGCGAAAUUUACUUCGAGAUCAGUGCCUUCGUAAUAAUGUCCCAAAUAGCCAAACAUUGCAUUUAGACUUUAACGAUUCAAACACAGAGCAGCUAUACGAAAGCCUUAAAAUAUUCGAUCGACUUUUCGCUGAAUUCGAACUCCGCUAUGUCAGUGCAAUGGUCCAGGUCAAGACAAAGCACGAAUAUGAAAUGCAAGAAUUCAUAUGUGUCCUAUUCUCAGAGACCCUACAGCGUGCCUUGACUGUGGGUCUAAUUGAACAGGAAAAAGUCGAUGCCUUUGAUCCGGGACUAAUGUUUUCCAUUCCACGAUUGGCCAUAGUAACGGGUCUUGUGAUAUACAAUCGAGGACCGUUAAAUAUGGACAUGCCAGCCGAUCAGUUGUCGGAAAUGUUUCGACCGUAUCGUUCGUUUUUGAUAAAAAUUCGAGAUCUCUUGCGAAAGCUAAACAAAAAUGAAUUGUAUCAAUUGGAAAAGCUACUAUGCACGAAUGAAGACAUUCAUCUGAAGCAACCGAACGUAGUCAACGGUUCUGAUGGUGAUAGUGAGACUGCAAAUUUAAUAAACAACAACAAUAAUAACUGUGAUGAUGCCGCAACAAGUUCCUCUUCGUCAUCUUCGACGAAGAAUGAUAACCAACAGGAACAGGAAACAAAGGAUCCUGUGACAAGUAAUGACAAAGAUGACAAUGCGGAUAAUGUAGCUCCUUUGAUGGAUGAUGGAAGUAAUACAACAAAGGUCUUCAGUGAUAGUGUCUUUACGAUGUCCUCCUCGUCGGAAGCCUCAACCCCAUCAGUUUCACCGUCCCCAUCGCCCCUGCCAUCGUUUUCAUCGACGACAUCCUCCACAGAGUGGACAGAUGAUGAAAAUCCGGCCUUACCCAAAGAGGGUGAUGAUAUAGUAUCGGCCGAUUGUGCCACCGGUUACCUCAUACCAAACACAAAUCUUGGCAAUCUUUUGCAACCAAAUGAAGUACCACUGACAGACAAUUUUAUUGCCAGUGAAGAUGAUGAGUUCGGUAGCUGUAAUGAUGGAGGUGAAGAUGCUGAUUUACCCGAAGCCGAUCGGGAAUAUGUUUCAAACACUCCAAGCUGUAGUCGAGUAUUAGCAUCAGCGACAUCUGCUGUCGUUGAUUCCUCAGAGGAAAGCGAACAGCUAACAAUAAAAGGUGGUGAGGGUAAAUCUCUCGACAGCAGAGAUAGUCAAUAUACAAAGUUGGAGAAGAGUUCUGCCAGCAGCAGUACAGGUGGUGAAGGCAGUGGGAAGCGUUCACAUCGCCACCAUCAUCAUCACCACCACCAUCACAGUCACCGACAUCAUCAUCAUCACCACCAUCGACAUCAUAGCAGCAAUAGCAAUAGUCAUAGCGUUGGAACUAGCAGUAGUGGAAGCAGCAGUGCGAGCAGUUCCAGCAGUAGCACCAGUGAAGGCAGUCGUAAUCAUUCCAAGAAACGUUCCAAAAACCCAAAGCCUGACAACCACUCGAGUGGGGACACAACAUCCUCUAUGUCAGAUGGUGAUCCGCAUGAAGUUAAUUUGGCCCUUCGAGCUGCGGGAAGGAUGAAGUUUAUAAGCACAGAGUACCUCUUGCAUCGACUAUUCGUAAGCAUAGCCAGUGUCGCAGAUCAACUCCAAACAAACUUCGCCUCCGAUCUGAGACAAAUCUUGCGCAGCGUGUUCCUCAUGAACAUGUCCCCAUCGCAGGAUGAGAUCGAAAUUCCCGAAAAAAAUACAAAAGAUCCAACAUCGGAAUUGUUUGAGUUUAGAGCGUCAGAAAACGAUGUGAUUCAACAGCAAAGUGCUGGCUCAAAUCAAAGCAUUUAUUCUGCUGAAGAAGUUAAUCCCGAAUUGGAUAAUGUGUUCAAUAACAAUAAUAACAACAACAACAAUGGAAAUGAUCGUCCAAUGACGAUACAACGUGGUCAUACCAUCGAUUUGGUUCCCUCAGAAAAUCCACCACCAAUUCCAGUUCGAAAUAAUAUCGGACGCAGUCGAAGUCUUGGCGAAGAAACUGGCCAAAACGAAGCAUCCCCGAAUACAAGUGACCGAAGGAAUGGCAGUCUAUCUGCAUACCUGCGAGAACGUCGACUUUCAUCGGGCAGUCAUAGUGCAGCUAAUUCGUCUUCUUCCACAGCAAGUAAUUCGCCGAUAAGCGAACGUUCUGCAGCCCAUUACACUGCCGUUGCCAACAAUAAUCUAAACAACAACACAAACCACAGUAGUAAUAGUAUCAUACACAAUAAUAAUAGUAUGGAUGUUCCAGCGCCGCAACAGGCAACAUCGCCACAGAUACGAUUAUCGCCGCCUGUUUGGGUGCCAGACGAUAAGGCGCCUCGUUGUAUGUCCUGCACGACUCCUUUUACAGCAUUCCGACGCAGACACCACUGCCGCAAUUGUGGAGGAGUCUUUUGCGGAGUAUGUUCGUCAGCUUCAACACCCCUGCCCAAAUUUGGUCUGACCAAAGCUGUUCGCGUGUGUCGCGAUUGCUUUGUCCAUCAACUGACGGGCUAAACAGAUUACAAAAACCACUUGGAAAGAACAGCCACACAACUGAUAGCAACUCUCCCCUAAUGGCAGUAGUUGCCGAAAGUUUUUUUUUAGAAUAUUCUUUGUCUUUUUUUUAUUUAAUUUGUAUAAAUUUAUGCAAUUUUAUUUAGACCAACCUUUUUUACACACAUUUUUUUGUGUAAAAAAAAAUUAAAUAAAAAAUAUAAAAACUCGCGGUAUCAUUAUAGUUAACCCAUUUUAUGUAUAAACAAAAAAGGAGACAUUUUUACAUAUAUAAAAUCCAAAUCCACUAUAUAGACAACUACAUUCAAUUCAAAAUUGUAGGCGCAAUGUAUAUAAAUUUUAAUAAAAUAUAU